AACCAUCUUCCGGUGAGAAGAUGUUGCGUAUGCGAAGAGAAAGCUAGCAAUAAUAAAGAUUUCCCCGUGAAAUAUUCAUGCACGAUGUCCCGCCACAGGGCUGUGCGUGGCAUGAACCUAGAUGAUGAGUAUGAUGAUGAUGAUGAAUACUAUAGUCAGUCGGUGGAGGACAACUUCUGCAUCUCGCCAGGGACAGCUGCACAGUUCACAUUCAACCGUGGCCAGACCACGUUCGCCACAUACAUGGGUGGAGAAGAUGAGGUAGAGGCGGUGGAGAGUGACGAUGACGUAGACCACCAGGGGGCAUCAUCAGGACAGACGGACAACAAACUAAAUGCUGUUGAUCAAGCUAAACUAAACAGCUGUUUGGAAGAGAUUCACAACAUUCUUGGUGAGUGUCGCCCCGACUCAGUCUACAGGGAGACCAUCAUCAAACACAACUUCAGCCUGCAGGCCUCCCUGGAUGAACUGCUGUCACAGAAAGAAGCACCCAAGCCUCAGAGAGCACCACGCCAAAAUCGACGGAACAAAUCUCAAGGAGAUAGUGAUAGCGAUGAAGCUAGUGACACAGAGUCUGAUGCUAGGGCUCCAGACUCCGGGAAGGGGGAGACCCUGGUGGAGAUUAAUCAAAUAGACCAUCUAAAACAAUCAAAUACAUUAUCAAGCAUUUGUUCAAAGGCUCACAUUGGUGGUAUUUCAGAAUUAACCAAACCUGUUUCCACUGGGGCAGGUUUGUCUCUGGCUGACUUUGCUAAAGGUCCUCAAAGUCAGUCAGGAAUAAUGGCCAGUCAUGAUUGGAUUAAGAAUAAUGUGUGUCUCAAUUCUAACAUUCCAAAGCUUUCAGGUUUAAUUGAGGAGUUAGGUCAAAUGAAAGUUGAUGAAGCUCAGCUUAUGUUAGGUCAUAAGAUGGAAGGUAGAAGUACAAAGUCCUCAUUAAGUUCAAGCACUGGAUCAGACUCAGGGAUGUCAUUAUCUCAGCUUGCAUUGAUGCAUCAGCAGCAGAAGCAGACACAGCCCAGCAUCCAAGCUCCGAGGCCAACCUCAUCCUCUGGGGAUCCUGCAUCAGCUGUGUCCGUGGAGACUUCAGUGUCAGCUGGAAUCAACAUCACUCAGGGCAGACAUUUCAAGACGUUCACGGGAAGUCCCAAGUCUCAGAGCUCCAGUUUAGGUUCAGAUUCAUCACUGUCCCUGGCUGAACUGGCAUCCCGACACCAACAGACUCAUUCCAAGGGAGGCUACUCUCCUUCCUCAUCUUUGGCUGAACUUGCUAAACAACAUUCUCCAACUAAAAGUGCUGGAACUGUUUCCCUGUCCGUGCUGGCUCAACAACACAGUUUGUCCACAGUUCAGGGAACAGGGAAAGGGUUAUCAUCACAGGUGCCUAUUUCUGAGAGGUCUGCAGGAUUGAGUGGCCUGGGCAGUUUCACACCAGGUCUGUCUCUGGCUCAGUUAGCCAGCAGUCACAAAGCAACACAAAGUACACCUGGGCUGGGAUCCCUGGCUCCUGCUAGUGCUGCUAUGAAGCCUGGUAGUCAGUUAGGUGGUGUCUCCCUGGCAAAUCUUGCCAAGGGGCAUAAACAUUCUGAUCAAUCUAAACAAUUACCCAUCGGUAAUACAUCUGCUUCAAGUACACCUAAGCCUGAAGGAACGCUUUGCCUGUCAGAUUUACUCAAAUCCAAGGUGACCAUCUCAGGAUCUCGGCAGUCAUCUGUAGAUAGAACUCCAAGUCCAAAUGAUACUAGCAGUAGCUUCACGGCAGUUCAAGAUGAGAUAACUCUGUUAGUCAAGGUCCAGUGUGAUGCCACAUUACAGUCCACACCUUCGAUCCUCGGCAAGGCAUUGUGUUUACUGAAAACUAGGAAAAGGAAAGCUAGCGGUUCUGAUAAGUUUAGUAUGAAGUAUCCAAGAUUUAUGUAUGCUGUCCAGGCUAAAGGUGUUAAACAUCAUACUCCAGUACAUAAGAGAGAGGUGAAACUGUUUGACUUCUCAACUCCUUCCCCUGAUGACCUCGUCCGUCAAAGACAACGCGGGGCCUUUACCCGUACCGGGGAGAGACAUGUGUCUAGUUACAGGCAUCACAAAUACAGAUGUACCUAUCCUGAAAGAUCCACCUUCGAUUUUCAAGUCCCAGAAUUCCAUUGGAAGUGCAACAAAUUCAAUUUCGAAAGUAACUGUGACUCCAAAGAAGGAGCCUGUCGAGGUUUUGAACCUGUGGUUGCCACAUCAACCAAGAGUGAUGAUAGACUUGCCCCUCAGGUGGCCACAAGCUGUGAUAAUGUGACUGUUGGCCUUGGAGGAGCAGCGGCGAGUACGUCUGAGACGACGCUGGGAGAGUCGACCAUGCCGCUGGCAUCCAGUUCUACCUCCAGUCUCCUCACACCUAAGAAAGAUCCAGCGUAUCGACCGCCUUUACCAAGGUCAUCGUCUAAAAGUAAACAAAAAAUAAAUGUACAGGAAGAAUAUACCAAACGGCAGGGUGAGAUGGAGCUGUUGAACCUUGUGGUGAUAGGUCAUGUGGAUGCAGGCAAGAGCACGCUGAUGGGGCACCUGCUGUACCAGUUGGGAUCUGUCAACAAGAAGGCAAUGCAUAAAUAUGAGCAGGAGUCGAAGAAGUUGGGCAAGGGAUCGUUUGCGUUUGCAUGGGUGCUUGAUGAAACAGAGGAGGAGAGGACACGCGGGGUGACGAUGGAUGUGGCACAGACAAAGUUUCAAACACCAAAGAAGAUUGUGACUCUCCUGGAUGCUCCAGGCCAUAAAGAUUUCAUUCCAAAUAUGAUCACUGGAGCAGCUCAAGCUGAUGUUGCUAUUUUAGUGAUCAACGCCACAAAGGGAGAGUUCGAGACUGGCUUCGAGACCGGUGGUCAAACCCGCGAACAUGCGCUACUAGCCAGAUCACUGGGUGUUGCCCAAAUAAUAGUUGCUGUCAACAAGAUGGACACUGUCGAUUGGUCAGAGGACAGGUAUAAUGAGGUGGUCAAGAAGAUUGGUCAGUUCCUCAAGCAGGCUGGGUUCCGGGAAGGGGAUGUGUCAUUUGUGCCGUGCAGUGGUCUUGGUGGCGAGAAUCUCACCCAAACUGUGAAAGAACCCAAGCUAGCAGCCUGGUACAAGGGACCCACACUUUCCGAGCAGAUUGAUAAGUUUAAGUCACUGGAACGACCAAUAGACAAACCGUUCCGCCUGAAUGUAGGGGAUGUGUUCAAGGGUCAGGGCACGGGCUUCAGGAUCUCCGGAAGAAUAGGUGCAGGCUACAUCCAGGCGGGAGACAGAGCCAUCGUCAUGCCUGGCAACGUCACUGCCACUGUCAGAAAUGUAUUUAUAGAUGAGAUGCCAGUUCAGGUGGCAUUUGCUGGUGACCAUGUGACUAUCUUGAUCAGCGGAAUAGACAUAGCCAAUGUAAAUAUAGGGAGUGUGUUGUGCGAUCCAGUCAACCCAGCCAAGUUUUCAACUCGAAUCCGUGCCAAGAUAGUCAUCUUCAGCCUGGAAGUGCCCAUCACACGGGGCUACCCAGUGGUGUUCCACUACCAGUCUGUUAGUGAACCAGCUGUCAUUAGACGCCUCCUAGCUCAGCUCAACAAGAGUACCGGCGAGGUGGUGAAGAAGAAGCCCAGAUGCCUGGUGAAGAAUACCAGUGCAGUGGUGGAGAUCGAGCUGGAGAGGAACAUAUGUCUGGAGGAAUAUAAAGACUUCAAGGACUUGGGGAGGUUCAUGCUGAGGUCGGGUGGAGCCACCAUCGCUGCUGGCCUGGUGGAGGAGAUUUUACCUCAAAAAGUGAAAGAAGAUCAGUGAUGCGGUCUUCCAGAUAUUCAUGACUUGGUGCAAUUAUUUCAACUUUUAUGCAAAAUCUGGCUGGAAAGGAAUGUUCAUGAAGUACAUGUUGUGAUUCAAGCAUUAAUUUGUUCAUGAAAUCAAAACCAACCAAUGAUAAAACCAUGUAGGGUGAUGGAUGAGUGCGUGAGCAUAAUGGCAGAACAGUGUGAAGAGGACCACAGCUCGGUGUAGGAGUAGAAGUGGGUGAUGGGCAUGGACUCAGAGACAAAUCUCAUGACUGCGUGGAAGUUGUUGAUGCCCAUUUGUGAUGCAAAGUCAGCUCCAGAUGAACCAUGACAGAUUCUGAACAGUCUGCCAAAAACAGAUAUGCCCGGUUGCCAAACAUUAAGUUGCUUUAUAGUUAUGUCUACCUCGACAUCCUGAUAUUCAUUAAUUAAUAUGUUAUCAAUUCUUCUGUGAAUAUCAAAAAUACUUAAUUCUGAGAGGUCAAACAGGUUUCAAGACACAUUACCAACUCUGAAACAGCUUGUUUGACAUCAGCAUCACUGCAUAAGCUGAAGUAAACAGAAAAAUACUUCUUUCCCAGAAUAUAUCUACAGGUAACACAUUUCUCCUUCAAUCUGUAUGGCAUUAAAUGUGGAUUACAAAGACAGGUAUAGCAGAUCCAAUGUGUAAUGUAACAAGUAAGGUCUUGUACCAUUGUCAUGCUUGGGCAAGUUAUUGUUCAUGUGAGCAGCACAUUGAACCAAAGAAAGUUGCUUUUUUAAAGACAAGUUCUGGUAAGGGGGAGGGGGGGAUAGUAGAAACCUGAUUUCCCUUGUCCUCGGAGUUUGUAUCUCAUCCUGCUUGAAUGAGACUAAUGUAUACUGUGUACAUUAUGUGUCAGUUUUAUUCAAUUCAAGUUUGAAUGAAAAUUGAAGCAGAACUAAUUCAUAAAUGCUCAAUCCAGUGAGGGCUACCAUCUCUGGACUUCUACUUGUGCUCAGUACAGAUUUGUAGUCUGUGGCUAACGGAUUAAAGCACGUCGAAGACCGACGCUUCACUGACUAACGAGGCACCUGGCUGUAUGUUAUAGGAGAUGGCUGUGUUGAUGGGGUGACAUUUUACACUACAAGUUAAAGGCUGUUUUAUUGUUUUGUUAAGGAACCUUCAUGAUGCUGAAUUUUGAAAUGAAUUCUAAAAAAUGUACUGAUGAAUGUAAUUAUUGAAAUAAAUACAAUUAUGGGACUG